UCCAGUUUCCAAACCUGAUGUGAUCUCGCAGCUGGAAUGAGGGGAAGAGCCGUGGGUCCCGGCCCUCCAUGGCUCUGAGAAAGAAGUGCUCCCGAGAGCUGCCUGCACAGGUGUUGGAAUGGUGAGUGAGAAUAAGGAGGCAAAACCCCAGCAGGAAGAUGCUGACCAAGUGGAACCACAUGAGACAUUAUCAGGAAGAUCCAAAGGCAAUGUUUCCAGAAAAACAUAGUGCACUCCCAGAAAAAGCAAAAGCCUGUGAGACUCAGCAGAUGCCAGAGGAAAACUUGAGGAGCGACUCAGACCUUAUUACACGUGAGAGAAUCAACUUGGAAGAGACACGCUACAUAUGCCAUGAGUGUGGGAAAAGCUUCAGUGGGAGCUCUCACCUUCUCAGACAUCAGGGAAUCCACAGAGGAGAGAGACCCUACACAUGUUCUGAGUGCGGGAAUAGCUUCAAUCAGAACUAUACCCUCAUCAGACAUUGGAGAACCCACACUGGAGAGAAACCCUACACGUGCUCUGAGUGUGGGAAAAGCUUCAAUCAGAGCUCAAACCUUAUCAGACAUAGGAAAAUCCACACAGGUGAGAAACCUUAUGGAUGCUCUGAGUGUGGGAAACGCUUCAUUCAUACUUCAGCCCUCAUCUCACAUCAGAAAAUCCACUCAGGAGAGACACCCUACUUAUGCUCUGAGUGUGGGAAAAGCUUCAAUAAUAGCUCUGACCUGAUCACACAUCGUAGAAUCCACACAGGAGAGAAACCCUACACGUGCUCUGAGUGCGGGAAAAGCUUCAAUCAGAGCUCAAUCCUUACUAGACAUCAGAAAAUCCACAUGAGAGAGAACUGUAAUAAAUGCCUUGACUAGGGCUGGCCAAAGACUUUUCUUUAAAAAAAAGUCACAUUUGCUGAUUCCCACAGAGUGAUCUUUGCACCAUCUUCGUCGUGGUCGCUCAGCUCCCCCAGAUGAGUUGCCUGCUUCUGCCUUUUUCAACUCACCCUUCUUUGGGGUCAGUCCUGUGAUCUUUUCUAUCAACUCCUUUCCUUUUGAGUCGUAGGAGUGUGUGUCCCUCAGCCAGGAAUGUUCAUCAGCUCCAGGUGGGAGAGAGAGAUUUGAUCCUAACAAGCUACAAUGAGGCAAAAACUACCUGUGCCUUACAGCCACUAGGACUGUACGUGGCGUUGGCUGCUCAAGUUAGUGAUCUUGGUGUAAAAAGACAAUUCUAGUUGUAGUGCAGAGGCAGCCCAGGUGCAGUGGUUGGCAUUAGCUUUCCCCUUGACCUGACCUAAACUCCAUCACUUUUCCUAGUCUAAACAAACCCUGAGCAUCACGGUUAUACUGUUCCCCCAUUUCAAAGCAAUUGUUAGUAAUCAGUGACAAUGAAAUUAAACAUGAAGUUAAUUAGUGUAAUGUAAGAGGCUGAUCUGUGAUAACUUUCAGUGUUACAGUAUGAUUCAGGUUUUCUUCUAGUUCUCUCCCUGCCCCCUCCUACUCUAUCGGAAAUGGUGGCUAAUCCUGAAAUUAAAACCUCACUGCAAAGGAAUUAGAGUGGGGGAAUAUGUGAGAGAAAUAGCAUGCACGAGAAUAGAGACCCAGUGUGGCCUGUAUUUAUUUCUAUUUAAAAUUGAAUUUAUUUUGAUAAAUUUUAAAAUAAAUCUUCUGUUAAGAGGAAAAUUACUUGAGACAAGAUGUGUAACGUUUUACCC